UACAAAAAUUGAAUUUCAAAAGGUCCAAGAGGGAGUGAAGAGAACCCUCCUCAGCUCUCUCUCUCACCCAAAACCUAGUUAAUCCGUCUUUACAAAUUGAUAUUGCCAGAUUCCGACCAGUCUUCAACGUUUCCGGCGACUAUCAAAGCUCUUUGAUGAACAAUGUUUCUUAUUUUAAGUUAUUCCUAAGUAAUCGAAAGCAAAAUCGAUUGUAAUUUGAAUUGUUUAAUUUCGUUAAAUGUAUAUAAUUUAUGGUUGUAUUCGAGUUUGAUGUGUAAUGGAGCAAGGUGAACCUUCUGUGACGGAAAUGGUGACAACAGCGGCCGAUUUUCCGGCGAAAAAGCCCGCGAGACAACUCGAUUUCACGGCAAUGUGUAGAGCAUCGACAAAUGUGAUAUUGCCGGAGCAUCCACAAGCGCAGUUACAGUCAAAAUUGCUAGCAUUAGCACAAAAAUACCGACAACCACAACCAGGGGUUGAGCCGACGCAAUUGGAACCACAACAGCGGCCUAAACAACCAUCCCCGACCCCGACGGGGCCUCCGGCUGUGCAACCACAGUCUCGGAGGACGCUUCUGCCUCGGCCGACUUUCCAAGUGGUCAAGACAGAAUCUCCAAAAUCACGACAACGAUGUAGCGUUGAAGCAAGAGAUGAUACUCCAAAGAAGCAAAAGCAGUGUAAUUGCAGAAAUUCUCGUUGCUUGAAAUUGUAA